GGGCGCUGUGAGGAGGCGGUGCUGCCCCCCCGCCCCGCCCCGCCCGGUGCCGGUGCAGCCGCCCCGCCGUGCCCGCCAUGCCCCGGUACUGCGCCGCCACCCGCUGCAAGAACCGCGGCGGGCAGAGCGCCAGGGACCAGCGCAAGCUCAGCUUCUACCCAUUUCCACUUCAUGAUAAAGAGCGACUUGAGAAAUGGUUGCGGAAUAUGAAACGAGAUUCAUGGACUCCAAGUAAGCACCAGCUUCUGUGCAGUGACCAUUUCACCCCUGACUCCCUUGAUGUGCGAUGGGGUAUACGAUACUUGAAACACACUGCUGUGCCAACAAUCUUCUCUUCCCCAGAUGAUGAGGAAGAACAUUGUUCUCAGAAGAGUCCACGAGAAAUACAGAGACAAGACCUGGAAGAAACAAAUGUAGUGUCAGAGAAAGCAUCUGUACCACUUGAACCUUGUGCACCAAAGGAAAAUCCUGUAAUUGCAGAAAACGUAGAGGAAGAAGCAGAAGUAGUUUGCUCAGCUGCAUUCAGUAAACCUUUACAUAUUCAAAACCUGCAACUUCAAAAUGAAGACGACUUUCAGGCAGAGAGUGUCGUUCUUGAUAGUUCAUCUACACAGCAUAUACAUCAACCUAAUCCUGUUUUAAUGGCAGCAGCAGUCCACAGCAUGGAAGCUACCAGUGUUCAUACUUCUGUGGAGGACCCAGGAGGCUGUGCAGCUACAGUCUUGCAAUUUACAGAUCCUGACUACAUGAAUUCAUCUCUGAAACUGAACAGUGCUGUGGGGCCAAUUCCUGAUUAUGCAAUUGAAAAUCCUGUCCCUCACGUUGUCUGCUCUGGUGAAGUACAGCCAACAAGUGAAGAUGCAGUUUUACUGAGUACAGUCACACAAAAUAUUGAACAGUUCAGUGGAAGUGAAGAAUCUGUCAUUGCUAUUAUUGUGCCAUCUGAGAGUCCAGAACAGCCUGAAAUAGUAAAUAGUUCUUUCCUGGCUGUUAAGGAAGAGUUUCUUGACACUGAGGAGACAGAUAUGAUUGAAUAUGGUGGAAGUGAAAUGUUACAAACUGAGCAUUCAUACUGCAAACAAGAUGUAGACAGAGAUCACCUUUGGCAAAAAAUUUCAAAACUCCACUCUAAGAUAACUUUACUUGAAAUGCAGGAGGUAAAAACUUUGGGGAGACUCAGGUCCUUGGAAACUCUUAUUGGACAAUUGAAGCAAGAAAACCAGCUUUCUGAAGAGAAACUGAAGACAGUAGAAAACUGCUUUACAACCCUUGAAGUAACUAUAAUACAGUAAAGGCUUUAACUGAUGGUUCUAAAAUAUCUUUUUAGUCUCUUUGACAGUCCUUUUGGACAAAUCAACUUUUGUUUCCGUCAUAGUGUUUUAAACAUCUAAUGCAAAUUAUGUGAUGAGCAAAUAUUCUUUAAAAUGUUACAUCAGCCAAAGCUAGGUGGUAGACUAUUACCUGUAAAACAUGACUUGCAAGUAAGCUUAAAAAAACCCUCUCAAUUGGGUGAAUUCUUCUAAAAAAGUGAGUGAAUUGAAUCAGUAAAGUCAAGUUAACCCUUUCUAGCUGCAGCCUCCGCCAAAACAUGCCGCUGCUGCCUUUGAGGCAGCAGUAGAACAGACAGAAUAAGCAUAUGGGAUGGACAAUUAUAAAAUCGUUGUUUAAAAAAAAAAAAAAAGCGUCCCAAUUCUCUUUCAAAUGAGUAAAGAGAUAUGUAAUAUGCAUUUUUCAGUGAGGCCAAAAUUGCUCUUUAGUCUUCUGUUCAUCUAACAUUUGUUCUGGUAGUUUUUUGUACACUUGGAUCUUACUAAAAUUGUUUCUGCAAUAAAAGGUGUUGCCUUUCAUUUGGUUCUCGAAAUAAAAAUUCUUUAAGAAUA